AGUGCAGGCUCUGGGCCGGAUGUAGUCUUGGUCUGAGAGCUGCUGGUCCAAGCUGGGCAAGGGUCUCCCACGUCUACAUUCAUGGCGUCCCCCAACAAGGCAGUGAUUGUUCCCGGGAACGGAGGCGGGGAUGUGGCCACCCACGGCUGGUACGGCUGGGUGAAAAAGGGGCUGGAGCAGAUUCCUGGUUUCCAGUGUUUGGCUAAAAACAUGCCUGACCCAAUUACAGCGCGAGAGAGCAUCUGGCUGCCCUUCAUGGAGACAGAGCUGCACUGUGACGAGAAGACCAUCAUCAUAGGCCACAGUUCCGGGGCCAUCGCAGCCAUGAGGUAUGCAGAGACACAUCAGGUAUAUGCUCUCGUAUUGGUGUCUGCAUACACAUCAGACUUGGGAGAUGAAAAUGAGCGUGCAAGUGGGUACUUCAGCCGCCCCUGGCAGUGGGAGAAGAUCAAGGCCAACUGCCCUCACAUUGUACAGUUUGGCUCUACUGAUGACCCCUUCCUUCCCUGGAAGGAACAACAAGAAGUAGCAGAUAGGCUGGACGCCAAAUUGUACAAAUUCACUGACCGUGGUCACUUUCAGAACACAGAGUUCCAUGAACUGAUUAGUGUGGUGAAGUCUAUGCUGAAAGGACCAGAAUAGUCAGGAUGGCUCCUGCUCUCUAACAAGCCAGGGUGGAGGAGAAUAAUAACAGCAACUCUUCUCACCAGCACUAGACAGUUAAGCUGCAGAAGCGCCUGAACAAACCCGUUUGAACACUCACACCAAGUUACCAGCACUUUCAGUUCCCACAGAACUUAAAUCUUCCUGAAAAGCUACUAACUAUAGCAGUAGGUUUCCUGUUUGAUAAGGGACACAGAGUUUGUUUACCUAUCCUGUUGAUGCAGAGAGAGAGAAGAAUCCAGGACUUGACGGUCAUGGUGGUGUGUCCCUGUAAUUACUUCAGAGAAAGCAGGGGAUCAGGAAGGGAAGGCUAGCUUGACCCUGUCUAAGAAAAGAAAGAACAAGACAGCCCAGGUCUCCUGAGUCUCAUUCCAAAUUUUAACUCAAUAGGUUUAGCAAGAUGCAAUCUACUUCUGAGGCCCCAGUACUUAUAAACGUGAGGAAGGUGGAUCUUGAAUUUGAGGCCUGUGUAGGCCUAGUAAAGUAAAACCCUAUCUCAGAAUAAAACAAAACAAAACCAAAAAACAGGUUUUCAUUCAACUUAUAUGAGUGACAGUUUUUCCUUUUUGAAAUAAAAUUUUUCUCUUACUGGAGAAAGAAAACAUGAUUCGAGGCCCCGAAUGUUAUUAGAACUCAAAACUCUAGCUGGUCUUUCAGGCUGGCUCAAGAGAGUAAUCUCACACUUGGGUCUUGAUCACCGACAUCCCUGACCCCACUACAUCCCCAGGUCUUUCUGACAAGUUGAGAGAGACUGACAUCUAUGGAUGUUCAGUAAGGAGCUGUAUGGGCAGAUAUCUGCAUAGCCUGUCACCUGGGUAUCAGCUAUAUAUGACUGGCAGGAUUAGGUCAUGGGGAAGUACUAAAAUAUAGACACAUAAGCACUCAUGUCCUUUUUUAACUGGGGGAAUAUGUAUGUAUGUAUAUACAAUCCCUACAUGAAUUAUGGUAGCUGGCAACAGCAUUGUAAUUCAAAGAUUUGCAAAUGCUGCAAGAUAAAGACCAGGUCAUCCAUUUGUGAGUUGGAGGUAAACAUUUUUAGAUUCUCUAUGAAUCCAAGAAAAGCCUAAGACAACCAAAAUGAACAUAAUAGUAAAGGUGGAAGACAAGGGAGCAACCUGUACUGUGUUAUUAAGUUCUAAGUGUCCUCAAAAGAACCUUUUUCUAGAAGACCAGAUUUCAAUUCCCAGAAACGACAUGGUGGCUCUGUAAUGGGAUCUGACGCCCUCUUCUGCUAAGUCUGAAGACACCGUGUACUCACAUACAUAAAAUAAACUAUGCCAGGUUAAUUCUAUAGAGUUCAGCCUCUUGUAGAGAGUAUUCAAGCAACACUGCCGAGUCUUCUCAUAUUCACUCACAUAAACAACCCCUUUUUAAUACUACUUUUUAUAUUGUAUAUAUUCAAUGUAUAAAAUGGUUUGAUGAUUCCAUUUCCACUGGUUUAUAAAGUACUUUGACCAAAUGUAAAAAGAUAUAAUAAAAAAUGUUUAUUUCCUAGUA